AUGAGACGAGCGUCUCCCCAGCUCGCUGUCGCGCGCGCCAUGGAUGCCGCUGGCCACAGCGUCGUCCUCCUGCAGCAGUUGAACAUGCAGCGGGAGUUUGGCUUUCUGUGCGACUGCACGGUUGCCAUUGGAGAUGUUUACUUCAAAGCCCACAGAGCGGUGCUAGCUGCUUUCUCAAACUACUUUAAGAUGAUAUUUAUUCAUCAGACAAGUGAAUGCAUAAAGAUUCAGCCCACAGAUAUCCAGCCUGACAUAUUCAGUUACCUGCUGCAUAUCAUGUACACCGGGAAGGGGCCAAAGCAGACCGUCAACCAGAGCCGGCUGGAGGAGGGCAUUCGGUUUCUGCACGCGGACCACCUUUCCCACAUCGCGAUCGAAAUGAACCAAGCCUUCUCCCCAGAGACGGUGCCGUCUUCCAACUUGUAUGGGAUCCAGAUCUCCACCGCCCACAAAACCAAGCGUCUGGAAGGAAAGGAGGGCCUAGCAAACGCGGGAAACAGGCCCCCGGCCCAGGGGGAUCACCCGCAGCUGCAGCUCUCCCUCGCCAUCGGACUGGACGACGGCCCGCAGGACCAGCAGGUUGCUCGCCGCUCUGCUCAGCCUGCUGGUGCUGUCAAGCCCACCGAAGAGCUUCCAAAACUCUCCGUCUCGAUAAAGCAGGAGAAGUGUGACUCAGAGCCUGUCGUGUCGCAGAGUUGCACCCCUCCUUCUCCGGGCAUAGCAAACCCCAUCUUCGCUAAAGCCAGCCACAAGGUGCAUUUGUGUCACUACUGCGGGGAGCGCUUCGACUCGCGGGGCGGGUUGCGGGAGCACUUGCACACCCACGUCUCGGGCUCUCUCCCGUUCGGUGUGCCGGCCUCCAUCCUGGAGAGCAGCGACCUGGGCGAAGUGCAGCUGCUCGCCGAAAACAGGGAGGCCGGCGAAGGUCCUCGGCUCGGGGCCUUCCUCCUGAAAGAUGAUGAGCACCAGGUGGAGCGGCCAAGCCGCAGCGACCUCGAGCCUCUGCAGAUUGGCCAGCUGUCGCUCAUCUCCAAGGACCACGAACCAGUAGAGUUAAACUGUAACUUUUCUUUCUCCAGAAAGAAAAAAAUCAGUUGCACCAUCUGCGGCCACAUGUUUUUCCGGAAGAGCCAGUUGCUAGAGCACAUGUACACGCACAAGGGGAAGCAGUACAAACACAGCCGCUGCCAGCGGCUGGAGAGCCCCAUGACCCCCAGGUUUCGUCCUUACUGUGACAGCGAGAGCAUGGGAAAGAGCUCAGGGUUAUCUCAAGAGCACUUAGAUUCGUGUAUAUUGGAGUCUGAUCUUAUCCAAGAAAGUGUUGAUACAAUCCUGGUAGAGUAGCUCUCCUCCUGCGUGGCCUUUAGGUGCUGAAACUGUCGAUAUUUUGGCAUUUUCCACUUAGUGAAUGACUCCAGUCUAGAACCGGUUGUUUUCAACCACCGUUCCUGUCUCCACUGAGAUAACUGUGAAGACCUAUAUACUUUGUGUAUUUAUGUUUUUACUUCUUUGUCUAACUUUUAAACACAAGCGAAUUAAAAUCGAUGUCCUUCUUGGAGGCCUGCAUGUAAUUUAGCUACAUUUUCAUAAAUGUAAACUUAACUCUGCUAUGCUUUACUGUAGUUAAGAUUGUAGAAGUUGCUGGGUGUGAGGUUUAAGCAUCAUCUGAGCAGCAUCUAAGACUGUUUGUAUCCUGUAGAAUUGCUCUCCUGAAACUAGAAUGAGGAAAAUGUUUAGGGAAAUAUAUGUUGUUCUUCCCAAAUAACUUUGUUUUUAAGUCAAAAUAAAUAUCUUGAGGAAGUAGA